AUGGAGGUGCAGUUAGGGCUGGGGAGGGUCUACCCUCGGCCGCCGUCCAAGACCUACCGAGGAGCUUUCCAGAAUCUGUUCCAGAGCGUGCGCGAAGUGAUUCAGAACCCGGGCCCCAGGCACCCAGAGGCCGCGAGCGCAGCACCUCCCGGCGCCAGUUUGCAGCAGCAGCAACAGCAGCAGCAGCAAGAGACUAGCCCCAGGCAGCAGCAGCAGGGUGAGGAUGGUUCUCCCCAAGCCCAUCGUAGAGGCCCCACAGGCUACCUGGUCCUGGAUGAGGAACAGCAGCCUUCACAGCCGCAGUCGGCCCCGGAGUGCCACCCCGAGAGAGGUUGCGUCCCAGAGCCUGGAGCCGCCGUGGCCGCCAGCAAGGGGCUGCCGCAGCAGCUGCCAGCACCUCCGGACGAGGAUGACUCAGCUGCCCCAUCCACGUUGUCCCUGCUGGGCCCCACUUUCCCCGGCUUAAGCAGCUGCUCCGCCGACCUUAAAGACAUCCUGAGCGAGGCCAGCACCAUGCAACUCCUUCAGCAACAGCAGCAGGAAGCAGUAUCCGAAGGCAGCAGCAGCGGGAGAGCGAGGGAGGCCUCGGGGGCUCCCACUUCCUCCAAGGACAAUUACUUAGGGGGCACUUCGACCAUUUCUGACAGCGCCAAGGAGUUGUGUAAGGCAGUGUCGGUGUCCAUGGGCCUGGGUGUGGAGGCGUUGGAGCAUCUGAGUCCAGGGGAACAGCUUCGGGGGGAUUGCAUGUACGCCCCACUUUUGGGAGUUCCACCCGCUGUGCGUCCCACUCCUUGUGCCCCAUUGGCCGAAUGCAAAGGUUCUCUGCUAGACGACAGCGCAGGCAAGAGCACUGAAGAUACUGCUGAGUAUUCCCCUUUCAAGGGAGGUUACACCAAAGGGCUAGAAGGCGAGAGCCUAGGCUGCUCUGGCAGCGCUGCGGCAGGGAGCUCCGGGACACUUGAACUGCCGUGCACCCUGUCUCUCUACAAGUCCGGAGCACUGGACGAGGCAGCUGCGUACCAGAGUCGCGACUACUACAACUUUCCACUGGCUCUGGCCGGGCCGCCGCCCCCUCCGCCGCCUCCCCAUCCCCACGCUCGCAUCAAGCUGGAGAACCCGCUGGACUACGGCAGCGCCUGGGCGGCUGCGGCGGCGCAGUGCCGCUAUGGGGACCUGGCGAGCCUGCAUGGCGCGGGUGCAGCGGGACCCGGCUCUGGGUCACCCUCAGCCGCCGCUUCCUCAUCCUGGCACACUCUCUUCACAGCCGAAGAAGGCCAGUUGUAUGGACCGUGUGGUGGUGGUGGUGGUGGGGGCGGCGGCGGCGGCGGCGGCGGCGGCGGCGGCGAGGCGGGAGCUGUAGCCCCCUACGGCUACACUCGGCCACCUCAGGGGCUGGCGGGCCAGGAAGGCGACUUCACCGCACCUGAUGUGUGGUACCCUGGCGGCAUGGUGAGCAGAGUGCCCUAUCCCACUUGUGUCACAAGUCCCACUUGUGUCAAAAGCGAGAUGGGCCCCUGGAUGGAUAGCUACUCCGGACCUUACGGGGACAUGCGUUUGGAGACUGCCAGGGACCAUGUUUUGCCCAUUGACUAUUACUUUCCACCCCAGAAGACCUGCCUGAUCUGUGGAGAUGAAGCUUCUGGGUGUCACUAUGGAGCUCUCACAUGUGGAAGCUGCAAGGUCUUCUUCAAAAGAGCUGCUGAAGGGAAACAGAAGUACCUGUGUGCCAGCAGAAAUGAUUGCACUAUUGAUAAAUUCCGAAGGAAAAAUUGUCCAUCUUGUCGUCUUCGGAAAUGUUAUGAAGCAGGGAUGACUCUGGGAGCCCGGAAACUGAAGAAACUUGGUAAUCUGAAACUACAGGAGGAAGGAGAGGCUUCCAGCACCACCAGCCCCACUGAGGAGACAACACAGAAGCUGACAGUGUCACACAUUGAAGGCUAUGAAUGUCAGCCCAUCUUUCUGAAUGUCCUGGAAGCCAUUGAGCCAGGUGUAGUGUGUGCUGGACACGACAACAACCAGCCCGACUCCUUUGCAGCCUUGCUCUCUAGCCUCAAUGAACUGGGAGAGAGACAGCUUGUACAUGUGGUCAAGUGGGCCAAGGCCUUGCCUGGCUUCCGCAACUUACACGUGGAUGACCAGAUGGCUGUCAUUCAGUACUCCUGGAUGGGGCUCAUGGUGUUUGCCAUGGGCUGGCGAUCCUUCACCAAUGUCAACUCCAGGAUGCUCUACUUCGCCCCUGAUCUGGUUUUCAAUGAGUACCGCAUGCACAAGUCCCGGAUGUACAGCCAGUGUGUCCGAAUGAGGCACCUCUCUCAAGAGUUUGGAUGGCUCCAAAUCACCCCCCAGGAAUUCCUGUGCAUGAAAGCACUGCUACUCUUCAGCAUUAUUCCAGUGGAUGGGCUGAAAAAUCAAAAAUUCUUUGAUGAACUUCGAAUGAACUACAUCAAGGAACUCGAUCGUAUCAUUGCAUGCAAAAGAAAAAAUCCCACAUCCUGCUCAAGACGCUUCUACCAGCUCACCAAGCUCCUGGACUCCGUGCAGCCUAUUGCGAGAGAGCUGCAUCAGUUCACUUUUGACCUGCUAAUCAAGUCACACAUGGUGAGCGUGGACUUUCCGGAAAUGAUGGCAGAGAUCAUCUCUGUGCAAGUGCCCAAGAUCCUUUCUGGGAAAGUCAAGCCCAUCUAUUUCCACACCCAGUGAAGCAUUGGAAACCCCUAUUUCCCCACCCCAGCCCAUGCCCCCUUUCAGAUGUCUUCUGCCUGUUAUAACUCUGCACUACUCCUCUGCAGUGCCUUGGGGAAUUUCCUCUAUUGAUGUACAGUCUGUCAUGAACAUGCUCCUGAAUUC